AAGAACGAGGGAAUCUGCAUCACACAACGUGUGACGUACGUGCGACAUCGACGACGCAGCAUCUGAUCUCGCCUCGUGCUCCUCACGUGUGCUGAUAGCCUCGCUUCUCCGCUGCGGGGCAGGGAUGGCUUCUGCAAGUAGCAGUACGUACCUAUAUAACCGUGUCCUCUAGUAUAUACAUGCAGCCUGACUGCUCGUCCCCUUCCCUUUACACCUGACGUUGUCGUCGGCGUUCCAGCCAUGAAGGUGUACAAAUCCGAAAGACCUGACAUUGACUUCUCUCCUCCCAUCGACUUUCUAACGUUUUUAUUUGACUCCGACUGGUGUGCCGCCAAAGAAGACACGCAGAUCCAUGUAGAAGCCACGAAUGCGGAAAACUACAUCACCAAAGCAGAGGCCCGCGAGGCCGUCAAACGCAUAGCGUACACUUUCCGCCAUGACUUUAGCAUUGGAGCUUCCGCCCCGGGACAGGAUGUUAUACUGGCCACCAGCUCGGGCAACCCGUUCAUCCCCAUCUUGUUCUACGCUUCGAUUGCCGCGGGUGGUAUCUUCUCGGGAGCGUCGACUGCCUUUACGGUGGCCGAGUUGACCCGGCAAGUCAAAGACGCGGAUGCAAAAAUCUUACUGUGUACGGCGGAGUUCCGGGACCGGACUGUUGAGGCGGCGAAGCAGUGCGAUAUCCCGCUCGACAGAGUCCUGGUCAUUGACAGCAGCACCCCCAAGGACUGGAGACUGGUGUCGGAGAAGACCAAAAGGAAUGUGCUCAAUCUCGCCAGUGGCCCCAAGUUGGAAUGGUUGCGAUUCAAAGAGCACAAAGAAAUGCACGAUAUCACAGGCUGCUUGCUGUAUUCCUCAGGCACGACAGGCCUGCCCAAAGGCGUGCGGCUUUCCCACCUGAACCUCAUCGCCUCCAGCCCCGUCUGCAUGUCAGUCGGCGACAGCUUCAUCGCGCAGCGCAAACGCGAAGGCAAGCCCUUCGUCUUCACCACCAUCGCGCACCUCCCUAUAGCCCAUAUUGCAGGUGUUGCGUGGUAUUGCUUGAACCCCUUCUACCUAGGCGGCACGACGUACUGGAUGGAGAAGUACGACUUUGACGAGUUCAUCGCGCAUCACCGCACAUACCGGCCGACGGUGCAGAUGAGCGUGCCUCCGAUUUGGCUGCAGAUCGCUAAGAGCCCGAAAGUCACCGACCACUUUGACAACUUGACGGUGGCGUGCACGGGAGCGGCGCCGAUGGGGUUAGAGCUCGCCACGGAAGUCAGUAAGAAAUUGGGCAAAGGCCAGACGCGCAUGUCGCAAUUCUGGGGUGCGACGGAGGCGACGGGGAGCAUGACUGGCCUCGAUUGGAACGAGUACGACAAGACGUUCAGCACUGGUGGCAUCUUCCCGAGUGUGAGACUCCGCUUCGUGGACGACAAUGACCGAGAUGUGGAGGAGGGCCAGCCGGGCGAGGUCCUAGUCGAUGGCCCUAUCGUCUGCCAAGGCUACCACAACCGACCAGAUGCCACGCGCGAUUCUUUCCUCGACGGCUUCUACCGAACGGGCGAUAUUGGGGUGUACAAGAACGGACUCGUCUACAUUGUCGACAGAAAGAAGGAGCUGAUCAAGUAUAAAGGGCUACAAGUAGCACCAGCCGAGUUAGAAGCAACACUCAUCUCCCACCCUCGAAUCAACGACGCGGCCGUGAUCGGGGUGCAAGACGAUUCACAGGCGACCGAAGUCCCAAGAGCGUAUGUGGUCAAGCAGCCCGGGGAGGAGGUGACGGAGCAGGAAGUCAAAGACUUUGUUCGCGAGCAUCUGGCGAGCCACAAGCAGUUGCGGGGAGGCGUUUGCUUCAUCCAGGAGAUCCCUAAGAGCCCUUCGGGCAAGAUUCUGCGCAAGGAGAUUCGGCUGUGGGUGCAGGAGAAGCCCAAGGCGAAGCUUUGAAAAGAGUGAUACAUCUAGAACAGAUAAAUCGCAAUGUACUUCUCACCGCGUUUUGCAGCAUUUGAAUCAUUACAGUGAU